AAGAUUACAAAAGUGAGAGCUUUAAUAAUCCUGCAUAUUCAAGAGCAGCAUACCCCUCAGACUACUAAAAAGCCACACGUUCCCCAAAUUCAGAAUUGUCGAGUUGCGAAGCUCCCAAACAUGGAUCGGAGUUUGGAUGAGAUCAUAGCUGAAAGACCGCGAUAUUCAAAUCGUGGACGUACCAGGCAGUCUGCCGGACGUCGCGGCAAUUUCUCCCGUGACGAAGCUCGAGUUCACAAGUCCUUCAGAAAUGAUCGCGCAGAUGUAGAACUUGAUUGGGUUCAUGAUAAGUUCGAAGAUGACAGAGACACGCGCCCUGCUUCCUUUCGAGGGCCCCGUGCCCGUCGUGAUGGCCGUCUUUCGCCGCCUCCUGAGCAAUCAUCUAGCGGAGCGAAACUUCGUGUUAAUAACUUACACUACGAUAUCACCGAGGAGGAUUUAAGGGGCUUAUUUACUGGCAUUGGGCCAAUUCUUUCCUUAUCUCUUGUUUACGACCGUGCUGGGCGUUCCGAGGGAGUUGCCUUCGUCACUUACAAACGCCUCGUUGACGCGCAAACCGCAAUUCGAGAGUUCGAUGGCGCCAACGCCAAGGGACAGCCCAUCCGUGUAACUCUCCUUCAGACCGGCGAGAGGUCCUCGAGACGUAGUCUGUUUGACGUUGCAGAAAAGCCAAGAGGCAGCUUAUUUGAUCGAGCGGAAAGGCCCCGCCGAGAUUCUCGUAGCUUAAGCCCAGGAAGCGGUAAUGAAGCCGCGUCUGGUCGUGGCCGUUAUCGACGAAGCGAUGUCUCCAAACCCCCUCCAGAGAACAUCGACCGGUAUGUCCCUGGCCAGCGGAACGGAAGUCGUGGCUGGCGAGGUGGGGAAAAUAGGAGCAGAAAUGAUAGUCGCAGGGGUGUGAACGGAUCUGGGAGACCGAAGAAAACGCAGGAACAGCUGGACCAGGAGAUGGAAGAUUAUUGGGGCAAAAAUGCCGGCACAGGGGGUGAUGCGGGCAAUAGUGUUGCUCAGGAAAGCAAAGUAGUAGCUGAAGCAGGCGCGCCGGCCGGGGAUGAUGAUAUCGAUAUGAUCCAGUAGGAACUUUUUUUAUUUUGAGGGGAAGGGGCAUAUUGGGAUUAUCUCCGCUCAAAAUUUCACCUGUGUCAGGGAUAUUGGUUUUGGUUCUGCCUUUUGAAUCGUGUCUCAUCUUUUAACGGUUAGGUAAUUAUUUGAUGAUGGCAGGCUCACAGUCAUGUUAUAUAGGAAUGGUGUGCUUGAUAGCAGAGUAUUCCUUUAAAGCAACCAAAACAUCAACUGUUAUUGGGAUGGGAUAGGAUAAGAGCUGUUUGUCCUUUCUUUCUAUUCCAUUUAACUAGAUAAAAUAGCAUCCAAAAAAUACGCAAUUUCUCAAAACUAAA